CCGGCUCUGUGUUACAAAAGCAGCGGAUCACACCGGAUCACUCACAGCGUCGCACUGCUUGACACAGCCGGCCGAGACACACGAAAACAGCAACAAUGGGAAUAAAACUCCAAGUGGAAUACUGCGGGAGAUGAGGGUACGAACCCCGCUACCGGGAGCUCCGCGACGUGGUCAAGCGCGAGUUCCCCGACGCGGACGUGUCCGGCACCGUGGGAAGGCAAGGCAGCUUUGAGAUUGAACUCAACGGGCAGCUGAUCUUCUCCAAGAUUGAGACUUCGGGCUUUCCAAACGAGGAUGACGUGAGUGAACGUGAUGCACCGGCAUGUAAAAUCACUGGUGAAAAUGUAAAGUGUUGCACGUCAUGGAACAAGUUCAGAAUGCCCACGAUGGCAAACCUAUGCAGAAGAUCACCAAAAGCCGUGCACCAUGCGUCAUCAUGUAAACCGUUGACCGCGACGGGCCAGUGCAACUGUAAACUGACAAUGCCACCUCUGGUCUUCCUCCCCAACCCUGCUGAAGCCAGGCUGGGGUAAAAACCUGGCUUUACACAAAGGCAGCAGAAAUGCCAAACGUCUGUCUCCCUCUCUCUGUUCUCAUUGUGGUGCUCCAGGCUGUUAAUGAUUACUGUAGCCUAAAAGGUUAAAGGUUACAGUAUGAUGAAUCCAUUCCUGGAAGUCCUGUAUUAUAGGAGCCGAGAUGGGGAGAAGAUGUCGCAGAAGGAUUGAAGGGAGUUCACUUUACUUUAACUUUUCCUACAGCCUCUUCGCCUGCUAUUCGCUAACUGCCUCGUUCUUUUUUUUUCUUUUCUUUUUUCUUCCCAAGUCUUGGUUUACUGCUCUCGCAUGCAAAUACCAGUUUUCACAGAAUGCAAAGAUCAUUCAAAGUUUAUAUAUAUAUAUAUAUAUAUAUAUAUAUAUAUAUAUAUAUAUAUAUAUUUAUUUUUUUAUUAUUUUCUCUUUAAAGGGUGUCUGCACCGCUCUUUGAUGACUAAUCGAUUCUGGGAUAUGAUAAAUGUAUGAAACAUUACUGUAAGGGUUGUGGAUAACGAAGCAAUUUUAUAUCAUUUGUGUUUGGUAAAUUCAAAAUGAACCAUGCAAUAGUGUUUUUCUUUCUCACAUUGGAAUACUUUUAAACUUUUUUUUUUUUUAUUUAUUUUUUCCAAUGAAAAGCUUCUCUGUAUUUUAAACUGUCGGGUAGAAGAGUGAUCAUCAUAAGUGCUUCUGAAGACCACCACCCACUGGUCUGUCGGCUCACGUCUAAUGCGAUGUCAGCUCAUUUGCCACAAAUCAUCUCAAUGUUCACUCCGAUUUCAGGAAUCUUUCAACUUUAAUUAAACAUACUGUAAUAGUU